GAGGGGAAGGCAGGCGCAAGGCAGCCAGCGGCAGCCCGUGGCCAGUGGGCUGGGGCACGCCAGGCCUCUGGCCUCGGAAUGGGGAACACCAUCAGGGCCCUGGUGGCCUUCGUCCCUGCCGAGCGCUGCCAGAACUACGUGGUGGGAGACCUCCGGGAGAUGCCGCUGGACAGGACGGUGGACCUGAGUGGGUGCCAGCUCCGCCGCUUCCCCCUGCUCGUGGGCUCCUUCCGGGGGCUGGUCAAGCUCUACCUGAGUGACAACCACCUCAGCAGCCUGCCUCCGGAGCUGGGGCAGCUGCAGAACCUGCAGGUGCUAGCCCUGGACUUCAACCACUUCAAGGCCCUGCCCCAGGUGGUGUGCACCUUGAAACAGCUCUGCAUCCUCUACCUGGGCAACAACAAACUCUGCGACCUCCCGCGGGAGCUGAGUCUGCUCCAGAAUCUCCGGACCCUGUGGGUGGAGGCCAACUACCUCACCCAGCUGCCGGACGUGGUCUGCGAGCUGAGCCUCCUCCGGACCCUGCACGCCGGCUCCAAUGCCCUGCGUCUGCUGCCGGCCCAGCUGCGGCGCCUCCGCGAGCUCAGGACCAUCUGGCUCUCAGGCAACCUGCUGACCGACUUCCCGCCCGUGCUGCUGCACAUGCCCUUCCUGGAGGUGAUCGACGUGGACUGGAACAGCAUCCGCUACUUCCCCAGCCUGGCCCACCUGUCCAGUCUGAAGCUGGUCAUCUACGACCACAAUCCUUGCAGGAACGCACCUAAGGUGGCCAAAGGCGUGCGGCGUGUGGGCAGGUGGGCGGAGGAGACGCCGGAGCCAGACCCCAGGAAGGCCCGGCGCUAUGCACUGGCCCAGGAGGACAGCCAGGAUGCACAGGCCCCCACCCUCCUCCACUUCCGCCCACCCACUCCUGAGGAGCUCCACGUGUAGGUCGAUGCCAAGGACCCAACUCCAGCAUCUUCCAGAGCCCUCUCUGUGGCUCUGUGAGCCUGGGUGUCUCCGCCAGCGGGGGCUGACGGAGUCAGACAAAAAGCCUAAGCCACAUCAGAAGGAAAUGUUGCUGGCAACAACAUCUCUCCCCAGGGAAGCUGUGUGCUGGAGGAAGCAGGACACAGGACGACCUCUUGGCAAGAUCAGCCUCUCCAAGCAGGUACUUGAAACCCCGAGGGGCGGGCAGGGCUGAAAAGCACACCAGCAGGGGCUCGUCGUGAGGCUUUGAGCUCCUCAAAUAAGGGAUCUGAACAGAACCCACUCAAGUUCAGGGGGCCCGUCCCCAGCCCCUCGUGGGGUCUAUCUUCUUACUACAAACGACCAUAAACAGUAUGAAAAAUUGCCAGUUCAGGCCACUUAAAAAGGACAUUUCUAUUGAGUCGGUCAGCCAGACUCCACACUCCGCUGUUGCCAAGGCCCAGGAUGCUUUCCCCUGCAUUUGGCGACUGCUGAGAAGAUGACCCCCCUGCCAGAAGAAGGCCUCCUGGUGCCCAGCUGCCGCUUUAAACCAACAGCAACACUCACUGGUUUAGCUCAUCUUCCCUCAAAGCUUUGAGCCGAGGGCUGCUCCCCACUGUCUCCAGUCAGGCACCCUCAGCAUCUAGAAGGCUGACCUUUGGCAGUGUGGCCUCAUGAUGAGCAGGCCCGAGAGAGCGUAAUCCUGCACUCCGUGGAGCAGAGCCCUGUUUACACUGAUGAACCAGAGCUGACGCGAGUCCUUCUGGGGAGGGAAACCGCAUUUCCAGGAUCACAGUGGGUUGAGGGUAGCAGGUGGGAAGCCGGUUCACCUGGACGGAGCACCUGGAAACAUGAGCCGCAGGCCUGGGCACAGGAGGCCCGGCCACGUUGGCAUCAGCGCCUCUGCUUUCGCGGUGACUCGCUUUGGUUUUUGUAGGUAGGGCCUUUCGACGGUCUGCGUGUAAACGCAGGUAUUCUGGUCGUUCCUUUUUUGAAGUGUGUAAAUCGUGACCUUCUCCUCUUCCCGUGAAUACAUCAACUUUAAAGAAA